AUGGGUCUGACCAGCACUUCAAGUCAUUCUCAGAAACCACAAGGCCGAUGAAAGAGGUUGGUUUUGAAGCCGAGUCAAAGAGAGGUCCUGCAGGUGUCGUUUGAACAGAACCCCUACCCUGGUAUCACUACCAGAGAAGAACUCGCCCCAAAAAUUGGCAUUCCGGAGGAUCGCAUUCAGAUAUGGUUUCAAAACUGCAGAGCAAGUCACCUGAAGAAGGGCUGCUCAGCCUCUGGACGUGCGUUUGAAGGAGAGCCAUUCCAGGGUGAGGAACAGCCUCAGUCUUGGUCUCCGGAAAACUUCCCCAAAGCAGCCAGAUGAAAGCGCACGUUCGUCACCAGAUCUCAAAGGAGUCUCCUAGUUGAAGCCUUUGAGAAGUACCAAUGCCCUGGUAUCGAGGCCAGGGAAGAACUGGCUCAACGAACGGGCCUUCUGGAAUCCCGAGUUCACAUAUGGUUUCAGAACCGAAGGGCUCGGAAACCAGUGCAGAGCACAAGUGCACCACCAGUGAAGUUCUUGGCAGACAGCCCAACGCGUGGGACGCUUCCACUUGACCAAAGCAACCUGUCCUGUGUCCACAGCAUGUCUCAUCAUGGCCUACCCUCCCAUCCUUCCAGCAGCAACCAAGCCAUCCUACCUCUUCUCCUGGAGUCCCAUACACCCUUUGUUCCUUCACAUGCCGCCCAGGGCUGUGUCAGCCAAGCACCAGGUGUCAUGACGGUCCAGCCCACCCUGGCCAUGCAGACAGCAGAGACCUCUCACGCCCCGGGGACAGGCCUGAAUCACUUGCCAACAGAACCGACUGUGGGAAAGAGGCUAUCAGAUACUCAGACUCCGUCCUGGCCCCAGUACCCAGGACAUGGCCAGGAUCCUAACCAACACACUGUCUCGGCAAGAUUGCGCAGCCAAGACUCUCCUCAGCCAGAGAAUCUAAAGAAGCAGGGGCAGGCUCUGGCUCAGCAAGGCCCAGCUCCCUUCAUGCAAUGGGGCUGUGAGGUGGCCCAGGGUGUGAUGGCCAGAUGGGAACCUACCCAAGAGACACUUCAGCAGCCUGGACACCCCGAGACACAACUGUGGCAAGAGCCGGCAUUAUCAGUUCAAGGCUCAUCUCCUCCACUGGACCAAGACUUAGAAACCAGGAGCCUUUUAGAUGAACUCCUCUCCACUACAGACUUUCAGGAAAAGGCCCAAGCCUUUCUGAAUGUGGAUCCACGGGGGGAGGACCCUCUGCAACUCGAACUCGCCCUUGGCGACAUUGACUUUCAGGCUCUGCUGGUCAUGCUACAAGACUCACCAGGGCUUCAGAUUUAG